UAAAUAGUAGGCCGUCCCCGGGUCUCACUACGAGGAUUAGCCUGUACAAACAGGAUACAACGAUGGGUGACACGGGCAGUGAGCGCUCCAAGCCUCCCAGUAUACCGCCGCGCUGUCCUUGUGGAUUUUGGGGGUCCAGCAAAACCAUGAAUCUGUGUUCCAAAUGUUUUUCCGACAUUGAGAAGAAACAGCCCGACGAGGACUGUGACCCAGAGCCCGCCUCCAGCUCCAGCAGCAGCCAGUCAGCCGCGUUCUGUAACGAGACAAACAGCAGCAGUAGCCAAUCCCUGUCGUCGGUGCCCGCCAGCUCAGUGGAGCCUUCGUGUGAGGGCUCGGGAGCCACGCCUCUCCCUGCACAGGAGGAAGUCUCCAGCACAGACACAGCCCUGGGCACCCUAUCCACCCCCACAAAGCGACCGUGCGACUCAGCCUCCGGGACGGAGAGCGACGCGUCCCCAGAGAAGCGUGCACGGGUGGGUGAAGGUCCCUCCUCAGAGGAGUCUUCCUCCUCCUCUUCCUCCUCCUCCUCCUCGCCCCGCGGCGCCAAGCAGAGGAGUCGGCGUCGCUGCCACCGCUGCCAGACCAGGCUGGAGCUGGUGCAGCAAGAGCUGGGGUCCUGCCGCUGUGGUCAGUCUGCUCUCACACACACACACACUUACACACACGCACACACUUACACACACACACACNNNUGUCUGUUCGACCACCUGGGCCGCGGGCGCGAGGAGGCCGUCCUCAAGAUGGUGAAGCUGGAGCGCAAGGUGGGCCGCUCCUGCCAGCGCAUCGGGGAGGAGUGCUCCUGAGCAACCCACACGGCCCAGCCAAUCAGAGAGGAGGAGUGCUCCUGAGCACCCACACGGCCCAGCCAAUCAGUGGAGGAGUGCUCCUGAGGAGGAGGAGCAGGUGGAGGUCCUGACACCCCCCUUUUGAGACUGUGCUCUUACCUCAAUACCAGACAAAGCACUGCUACUUGUUGCGCCCCGCAUGGGACUUAAAGUGGCGCACACCCCGCCCCCACCCCCCAAGCCCUUGAACCACCCCCCCGCCCCACCCCCUCCAUACUCACAUUUUUAAACCCCACCCACCUCCUACUCAACCUUUUCUUCUUUUUUUGGGAUCUGAUAGUUAACCUUGACACCCGCUAGUGUUGGGUGAGGUUAGCUGUCCUGAGCCUCAUGCGAGACCAGACCUCCGUUACACACAGGCUCCACCCUCCCACCCACACCCUCAACUACAACCAACCAAUCACUACUCUGUAUUUUCAGCCUUUACUUCUCCCAGAACGCCCCCACCCCAUCUACACACACCACACCUCAGGUCUACCCCCCCCCCCCUCUCCUUCACUACUGACACGGUGGCCAUUGUCCCCUGGGGCAGAGAACUUGGGACCUGACGGGCACCGAUUGGCCCAGGUGGGCUUCUGUUGAGCUGCUCAACCAAUCACCGCGUCCGUCAGGGAUUCCAUCCGCGACUCACUGUUACUAUGGAGACGGACACCUCGGAGAUUCUCCUUGGCGACGACGUUCAUACUACAGGUGCUGAAUGUCAGACGUCGAACUUUUAGACGGCAGGCAUUUCAGAUACUUGGUUGAACCUUCAUCUAUAUCUGGGGUCCAUGCAUGGUAAACACACACACACUUUUAUACUGUAUAUGGUUCAGCUAAUGUGUGUAGAUUAGAGCACAAGGAUGGAAACUGAAUCAAGCGGUACACUUUUGGCUCGGCAAAAACAGCAGAGCAACAUUAUUCAGGAGGAAGCUGAUGGGAGUUGUAGUCCAGGCUGAUGGGGGUUGUAGUUCAGGUCUUGAUAAAUAUAAUCCAUUAAGUCUUAGUUACAAACUUCCAUCCCAAUGUGUGAAUUGGUUUUGUGAUGCUCUGCCUCUAGUGA